UUACAACCAAAGGCUAUAUACCAGCAUUGUCGGUCACAUAGACUGAAUUUGGUUAUUGCAUCUUCUUGUAGGCAAGUCCCUUUAAUUCAGGACUUGUUUAACUCGUUAGGAACACUGACGUGGUUUCUAGGAGGCAGUCCAAAAAGAAAAGUUAUCCUUUGUAGGCAUUUGAUAGCAGGAGACAUGGCUGAAUUGAUUACAGCAGAAGACAAGGAAGAAGAAGAACCAGAAGAAGAACUAGAAGAAAACUUAGAACAGGAGGAAACUUCGAAACUAAGUGAUACGCUUAUUCGUAAAUCGUCAUCAAGGCAAGUCCCAGUACUGUGUGAGACAAGGUGGUCGGCUCGAUUGGCAACACUGUCCAGUGUCUUGGCCAAAUACAAAGCCAUAUACCUUGCACUGCAAGAUAUUGUUGCAGAGAGCUCUGGCACUGAUUCGAGGGCGAAAGCUUCAUCUUACCUCAGACUUUUACAGUCCUCUAGUUUUAUUGUUUGCUUGGUCGUUAGUCAGUACAUUCUGAGCUUUUGUGAUCCUCUGACGAAGUCUUUGCAAUCUCCAAACUGUGACGUUCUGAAGGCUUAUCAAACAGCCAAGCUGCUUCGCACAACGAUUUCUGCGCAACGACGUGAAGACAAGUUUAAAGAAUUAUGGGAAAGAGUUCAAACAGUUGCAGGCGAGGUGGAUGCCCAAAUUGAUAAACCUAGAACCGCAAUAAGAAGCACCUACAGAAGCAAUGCUGGCAUGCAGACUGCGGAACAGGACAGCGCUGUGGCAUACUUCAGAAGAAACGUGUACUACCCUUUCAUUGAUCACGCUGUGACAGAGCUCAACAAUCGCUUCCCUGAUACAUCUGAAUCAAUGCUCAUUGGGUAUAGACUUCUUCCUAGCAGUGUUAGCAGUAUAACAAGAUCUGAGGUGAAUUCAAUUAAGCUCUUCUAUGGUCCAGACUUACCAAAUGGAGCUACAUUCGAGCCUGAAGUAGAAGUUUGGAAAACCAAAUGUUUUCAACUUCCUGAGAAAGACAGGAGAGUAACAUUAACGGAUGCCGCAAAGAUGGCAGACAGUCAAUAUUUCCCCAAUAUUCAUGAGAUUUUCAAACUUAUUCUAACAUCUCCUGUUGGUUCCGUGCCGUGCGAAAGAUCGUUUUCGGCUCUCCGGAGAUUGAAGGAGUGGUCGAGAUCAACAAUGACGCAAGAAAGACUGUGUGGCUUAGCUCUUUUAUAUAUUCAUAGAGACGUGGCUGUAAGCAGAGAGAAUGUCUUACAAAGAUUUGAUUGUACAGGACACCGCCGAUUGGGGCAAUUGUCGUUAUAGAGGCUCCAUGUUCACUUUGAUUAAUUAAUUAAAGUAUAUAUGUAGUAGACUACUAGUAGUUUGAGGCUAAAUAUAUUGCCUUAUUGAUAUAAAACUUGCCUCGGUAAAAUU